CCGCCAGCGGGGCCGGGCCCUCGGCCGGGGCCGCGGCCGCCAUGGAGGCGCCGCCCGCGCCCCCCGCCGCUCCCCCGGCGCCCUGCAGCGCGGCGCGGAGCCUGCAGGACGAGCUGACGUGCCCCGUGUGCCUGGAGUACUUCAACGACCCGGUGCUGGUGGCCGAGUGCGGGCACAACUUCUGCCGCGCCUGCGUGACCCAGUGCUGGGAGGACUCGGCGCGCCGCCUGUGCUGCCCGCAGUGCCGCGAGCCGGUCCCGCAGCGCCUCUUCCGCCCCAACCGCUCCCUCGGCAACAUCGUGCACAUCGUCCGCCAGCUCGGGCUGCCGCCGGGACCCGCCGAGGCGCCGCCGGGCCCGCCCGCGCCCGCCCUCCCCGUGCCCGCCGCCGCCCCGCCCGGGCCUCCGGGCCCGCCGCGGUGCCCUCGCCACGGGGAGCCGCUGCGGCUCUACUGCGUGCAGGACCGGCGGGCCGUGUGCGUGGUGUGCCACCUGUCCCGGGAGCACCGAGCGCACACCGUCCUGCCCGCCGAGGAGGCGGCCCACGCCGCCGAGGAGGUGCCCCAGGAGCACCUGAGCUCCCUGAGGAAAGGGCGGGAGGAGGCCAAGGCCGAGCGGGAGCGGCAGAGUGAGGAGCUGCUGAAGCAGACGGAGGUGGAGCGGCAGAAGAUCGUGGCCGAGUGCAAGGAGCUCCGGGCCUUCCUGGAGGAGAAGGAGCAGCUCCUGCUGUCCCGCCUGGAGGAGCUGGACAGGGACAUCGGGCGCCGGCGCGACGAGAGCGUGGCCAGGCUGAGCGAGGACAUCGCCCAGCUCGACAAGCUGCUGGCGGAGCAGGGGGGGGACAGCGGGGCAGGGGGCACCCCUGGGGAGGGCGUUGUCCCGGCUGGCAGCAGCCUGGAGAGCUGGAUGUUCCUGAAACCCGAGCCCGGAUUCUCCGAGCUGGAAAAGAAGCUCAAGAGCUUCUCCCAGAAGAGUGCAGUGCUCAAGGAGGUGCUGCUGGAAUUCAAGGAGAACCUGCGCUUCGAGCUGGAGAACGACACAGCCGACCUGUCCCUGGACCCCGACACGGCCAACCCGUACCUGGUGCUGUCGGAGGACAAGCGCAGCGUGCGCCUGCGCGGGGCCCCGCAGGAGCUGCCGGCGCACCCCAAGCGCUUCGACUACGCCUUCUGCGUGCUGGCCUGCGAGGGCUUCCAGGCAGGGAGGCACUACUGGGAGGUGGAGGUGGGCGACGGCGAGAGCUGGGUGCUGGGGGCCGCCCGCGAGUCCGUGCGGCGCAAGGAGAAGGUCGACUUCGCCCCCGAGGAGGGGAUCUGGGCGGUGGGGCUCAACUGGAAGGGCAAGAAUUGGGAUCAGUACCAGGCGUUCACCUCGCCCGAGACGCCGCUGUCGCUGUGCGAGCGGCCGCGCAAGGUGGGCGUGUACCUGGACUACGAGGGCGGCUGGGUGGCCUUCUACAACGCCGACACCAUGGCGCCCAUCUUCACCUUCACCGCCGCCUUCUCCGAGAGGAUCUUCCCCUUCUUCUGGCUCUUCUACGUCGGCUCCUCGCUGUCCCUCUGCAACUGAGGGCGUCGCCCCCUGCCCGCCCGAGCUGCCACCGCCGCUCCUCUUCCUCCUC